AUGUGUGCCUACACCCUCUUGUCUACUGUGACCAAUGUCAAGAAAUACACACCGCAAUUGACAUUUAUACAAUUCUUGCUUCCUGUGCCACUCACCACGAUGCACAACCAUCCUCUCGACCAACUAGAUGCUAAUGUCCCUGGCAAGGAGAGCGCCAACACUGCCCCGCCUCUUAGGAAGCGUGAUAAGUCCAUCGACUUUUUGGGUAUUCCCAGAUCCUUAUCCAAAGUCAAGGCCAAACGCCCGACCCGAUCAUGGAAAUUUCGGACUCGCUCUCGGCAGUCCGCUAAGCCCUCUAUCGCUUCUCAGGUCGACAACCUCCAGGACAAACCUUUGUCACAGGCGCCAGAUGAGGACUGGCUCCAUUCAGUCAUCUUCCCAGAAAAUGUCGCCAAACCCACUGUCAAGACUGCAUUGCCUGGCCUCCAGGACCGCAUUGAAAGGACUGACCAACUGCUUUAUUGCAGCAUGCUUCUUCGCCAGGAUUCAGUCAUCUCUUCGUCAUCAGAUGCAGGAGAAAAGAAGGCGACUGAUGAUCCCGCCAAUGCUCCCCAGGCGCCCACUCUCAACAAGGCUGAACAAACGUGGCUGACAGAGGUCAAGGGAGACCCAAUAAGGCAGGAUCGUAUGCAAUGGCUCGUUACCAAGAUGGUGGAGAGAUUCAUCGCGGACGCUACCAAGGACUCGACCAAAGUUGCCGAGAUUGUCGCCCUUGGACCUGUUUUGCAGAGAGAGCCUUACCGCAAGCUGCUGUCUGCGUUCAUCCGAGACUUUGACGAUUCUCGCAUUCUGGACGUCAACCUGCUCCAAGGUCUUGUCCAGCUGGUCCAGUCUGCCUCGCCUGGGUAUUUGGUAUCCGACGACUUGGUCAAGGUCCUCAGCCUCCUCAGGACCCAUUUGGAGGACACGCACCAGCACUCGUCUGAACACCUUUGCCACCUCACACUGGCUGUCUCCAGGAUCCUCGAUGCCAUGGCCGACCACAAGGUGCAGGAUUUGGACCGAGUCGUGGAGCAUGAGCCAUUGUCUGCUGUUUUGUCGGGAAUGAGAGGCAGCUCUGAUCCCUACUUGAUGUAUCAGGCCUGCUACGCCUUCCAAGCGCUUCAGUAUGUCCCUGAUGAUGAGACUGUUCUGCAGGCAGUAUUGAGGCACUCGACUGGAGUUGUGGAUGGCUUGGUCAAAGUCACAAGUGUCUUCAAGUUGGAUUUGGGGUCGGUUCUAGAAGAACUGGAGAAGUUGCAAGGGGUGGCCGUCAGUGCGAUUGGGAUCGCCACUACUGUUUAUGAAGGAGUGGGAUCGUUGCACGAGAGCGGUCGAGGGGUUCUGGAAAGUCUGAAAGAAGGGCUUGGGUCUGGUCAGAAGAGGCCAUGGUAUCCUGCCAUCCGCGCCGCAUAUGCCUUUGUGCAAGCUGGCCAGUUGAAGGAUCUGAAACAGCUGAUCUAUGAGGCACCCUGUCGCCAGGAUCCCCUGUUCCAGUGGGGUAUUUGCCAGCUUCUGGGCGAGAUUGCGGUCGACCCUGUAUGGGCGGUUACCGUACGCCAGCAAGCCAUUGACUUUCUUGGUCAUCUCUACAAGGAGGAUCAGGAAUGGGGUCGCGACGAGAGCGUCAAGGGAUGGAUGCUGACUAUCCUCAGUACAUUGAGAUCUUCAUCAGACGAAUCCGUCAACAACCGUGCCGUUGCCUUGUUCCAGAAGCUCGACUUGGGUAACACUCCCAGGACUCAGCACCCUUACCCAUUGAGAUCCCACCUCCCAAUCCCAGAGUCAUCUCCGAUCCUUUCCAAGGUCCAGUGCAUCCCCUACAUGGAGUAUGAACUCUACAAGCUCCAAAUGCAGCGGAUCAACGAUGGCAACAUGUCCAUCUACAUCUCUCCUAUGGCCAAGGCCAGUCUUCAAGCUCAGGACAACGAGGUCUUCCCACUCAUGGAAAAUAUGCAGGAAUUUUUGAGCAGUAGUCGCCAGGUCAUGUUGAUUCUGGGAGAUUCUGGAGUUGGUAAAUCGACUUUCAACAAAUAUCUCGAGCAUCGACUUUGGACAGAGUACAAGCGCGGCGGGUCUAUUCCGCUCUUCACCAACCUUCCAGCUCUUGAGAGACCGGCCAAGGACCUGAUGGGCGAGCAGUUGAAAAGGCACGACUUUUCGGAGGAGCAGAUCCAGGAACUGAAGCAACAUCGACAGUUCAUUGUCAUUUGUGAUGGAUACGACGAGAGCCAGCUCACCAUCAACAUUCACAACUCCAACGGCUUCAACACCUCUGGACAAUGGAAAGUCAAGCUUGUCAUCAGCUGCAGGAGCCAGUACUUUGGCCACGACUACCACGACCGGUUCGUGCCCAAUGGAGGUGGCCAUUACAACCGCCCGAGCGUCGAUCUAUUCCAACAGGCCGUCAUCGCACCUUUUUCGACAGAGCAGAUCAAAGACUAUGUCGAGCAAUAUGCUCUCCUCGAGCCGAGGACCUGGCGCACAGAGGACUAUAUGGACAAACUGACGAUCAUCCCAAACCUCAUGGACCUGGUCAAGAAUCCGUUUCUGCUCUCACUAGCGCUGGAGGCACUGCCAGGGGUCGUUGAAAGCAAGCAGGAUCUGUCGACUAUCAGGAUCACCCGCACUCAGCUAUACGACACAUUUGUGGAGCACUGGAGCAAUGUCAAUAAGCGACGACUUCAGAGCAACACGUUGUCAAUGGCAGAUCGCAUUGUAUUCGACGAACUUCUGGACAUGGGAUUUGUUUCCAAGAGUAUUGACUAUUCCACGAGGCUGGCGUUGGCGAUCUUUGAGCAACAGGAGGGUAACCCGAUUGUCCAGUAUGUUCACGACAAGAACUCUUGGAAAGCUCAGUUCUUUAGACAAGAUGCAGAAGUCCGACUCCUACGAGAUUCGAGCCCUUUGACCCGCAUCGGCAACUUGCACCGAUUCCUUCAUCGGUCCAUGCUUGAGUAUUUUUUCUCGCGUGCUAUCUUUGAUCCAAGCAGUCAUGGCGGCGACGAUGUAUCGACUCCCCAGAUGAAUCCUGGCACGCCUGACGACCAGUUGGUCGACACCAACAGUCAUUUGUUCACUCGUAAUCUACUUGCCGAGCCCUCUGUGAUCCAGUUCUUGAGCGAUCGCGUGAAACAGAGUGUCAGGUGCAAGGAGUAUUUCCUAGCAGUCAUCGGGUUGUCCAAGUCGAACGCCCAAGCGAGCCGGGCUGCGGCUAACGCCAUUACGAUCCUGGUCCGAGCCGGUGUGCAAUUUCAUGGAGCUGAUCUUCGAGGCAUUCGCAUUCCAGGAGCGGAUCUUACCGGUGGGCAGUUUGACUCUGCACAACUACAGGAUGCCGACUUGACGGGUGUCAAUCUCUCCAAGACAUGGAUUCGACAGGCCGAUCUCAGCCGUGCAGGCAUGGAUGGAACACAAUUUGGAGAGUUGCCGUACUUGGAGGAGCUGGAGAAGGUCAUCUCGUGCGCCUUUUCUCCUGACGGCAAGUUUCUCGCGGCAGGCCUGGCCAACGGCAACAUCAGCAUCUACGAUACUGCAACCUGGACAAGGAUUCAAGUGUUUCAAGGGCACCAAGACCGCGUUACAAGUCUGGCUUAUUCACCGAACAGCCAACAACUUCUUUCUGGCAGCUACGACGAAACAGCACGGCUUUGGAACAGCGAGACUGGAUCAACCGACUUCAUUUUGGAGGGACACACGGACCGGUUAGCAGUGGUAGAGUUCUCACCAACGGGCCAGCAGGUUGCAACGGCCAGUGGCGACAGGUCGGUGAGACUCUGGGACGCUCGGACUGGUGCUUCCGUUUUCACUUGGACCGAAAGCGCUGGCAAGGUUACCAGUAUUUCCUAUUCACCUAACGGGAACAUCAUUGCCUCCGUCGGUAAGGAUGGGAUGAUCCGAAUAUUCGACACACUCACCGGGUUGCUUGUGUUCGUGCCUUGCGAGGGUAUUGGCCAGUAUUGUGUUACAUAUUCACUUGACGGUCAGCGAAUCGCUACAGGCUCCGUCAGAGGCCGGUUGCGACUGUGGGAGGUAACAGCGACCACCCUGAGGCCGGAACGGAAUUGGGUAGCACACUCAUCUGGAAUUAACGGCAUCGUCUUUUCACCCGACGACCGUUGGAUCGCGUCAUGCAGUCGGGAUCGUACAGUGAAGCUGUGGGACUCUCGUUCCGGCUUACUUGUCUCGUCAUUUUUAAAUCAUGUGAAAACCGUCAGCUGCGUUCGGUUUUCACCCAAUGGCUUGUACAUCGCCUCAGCAAGCUACGACAAGACUCUGCGGCUGUGGGAGGUGAACUCGUCUAGAGCAGGGUUCGACUCUCAUGACACAACAUACCCACAAUUAUACGCGACAUAUUCUCCGGACGGACAGCAGCUGCUCAUCACCGGCAGUCAAUUCGCACUCUUGCGACGACUCAACGCGGAUUCGGGAGACCUCGAUUUUGUUUUUCCCGAACACCUGCACAAUACAUGCUGCGCUGCAUUCUCCCCAGACGGUCUCCAGAUAGCCAUCGGCGGCAGAGAGAACGAAGUGACUCUAUGGAGUGUUGAAUCCCGCGCUGCCUUCUUUGUUCUUAGUGGGCACAAGUCUGGCGUGGGUUCUGUGGCCUUCUCACCUUGUGGUCGCUGGCUUGCUUCAGGCGGUCUUGACAAGACGGUGCGUCUUUGGGAUACCCGGUCAGGAGCAGCCGUUCAUGUUCUGAUUGGCCAUAAGGGAAGUGUACAGAGCGUUGCAUUUUCUCCGGAUGGUCGUUGGAUUGCAUCGGUAUGCUGGAAGGGAAUUGUCCAACUUUGGGAGGCAGGCACUGGCGAACUCAAGGCAGAUAAGGCGAUCGAUAUCGGUCUGCACAGAACGAAUGCUAUCGCUUAUAAGCCCGGCUGUCUCCAGGUCGCCUCUUGCCACGGAGACGGAACCAUUCGACUAUGGGACGACGACCAGCAACUCCAGGAUUUCCGCUAUAUCGUGAGGCAGGACACGUACAGCUACAAAUUUGCGUUCUCAUCCUGCGGCCAGUGGGUAGCAACAGCGCACCGCACCAGUGUUCGACUCUGGAGGCUGCCAUCCCCAGAUCAGGAUCAGGAGGCAGUACCGUUGCAGGAUCAUGACUGUGUGACGAUCAUCAAGGGGUUCACAGGGGCUGUUAACGACGUUGUUUGGAGGCCCAAUAAAUUGGAGUUUGUGACGGCAAGUGACGAAGGAUCGAUCCGUGCCUGGCGGGUGGUAGAGGACAAGGAUGGGUUAGGAAGAGUUUCUGUUGAUUUGGUGUGGUCUUCUGGGCCUGCUGUGCUAGUCGCCUCUAGUGCCGUUCUCGGUGAUGUUAUUGGUCUCGGUGCGAUGAAUCGUAGGUUGCUCGAGCAGCGCGGCGCUACUGGAUCGGUUUCGUCCAACUAG